UAUUGCCUGCAGUCUGUCUCCCUCUGCUGUUAAAGGGAUGCACCUCUUGAGGACAGCCAGAGAGUCAAGCAACACCGGAAAUGUGAAGUUUUGCCUUCCAAAUACAACAGUAAAAUCUUUUAAAACAACGAAUCGCCAGUGUCUGCAGGACGUGUUAUAGGCCUGCGAGGAGGAGUUGUGUUGUUGUUAUAGGACAUAAACAUCAUGAAUGUCUUUCGUCUGGCGGGUGACGUGUCACAUCUGGUGGCUAUCAUUAUCCUGCUGCUGAAGAUAUGGAGGUCCAGGUCCUGUGCUGGCAUCUCUGGGAAGUCUCAGGUGCUGUUUGCACUUGUCUUCACCACCAGGUACCUUGACCUGUUCACCAUUUUCAUCUCUCCUUACAACACGGUCAUGAAGGUGGUGUUCCUGGCUCUGUCCUAUGCUACAGUAUACCUGAUCUACAUGCGCUUCAGGAACACGUACGAUGCUGACAACGACACGUUCCGUGUUGAGUUCCUGUUGGUGCCAGUCGUCGGGCUGUCUUUCCUGGAAAACUAUGCUUUCACCCCACUGGAGAUCCUGUGGACCUUCUCCAUCUUCCUGGAGGCGGUGGCCAUAAUGCCGCAGCUUUUCAUGAUCACCAAGACCGGCGAGGCGGAGUCCAUCACCACCCACUACCUGUUCUUCCUCGGCCUCUACCGAGCCCUCUACAUAGCCAACUGGGUGUGGCGUUACCACACCGAGGGCUUCUUCGACCAGAUCGCCGUGGUGUCCGGCGUCGUGCAGACCAUCUUCUACUGCGAUUUCUUCUACCUUUACGUCACAAGGGUGCUUCGAGGAAGAGGAAAGAUGAGCCUGCCGAUGCCCAUUUAAAUCCGACGUCUGUGCCGUUCAGCCGCCCAUCUGUGCCUGCAGCUACAGCUCAGCAUCUGAACACACACUCUGCCCUUCAACUGUACAUGCAUUUAGCAAUGGGACUAUAAUGAUCUGACGUCAUUCUGUAGACCAACCAUGUGUGCGCCUCUAGAGCUUGGUUUUCGGUGUGAUUGGUACUUUGUGUGUGAGUCUGUGUGUUUACAAGUAUAUGUGUGCGUACGUACAUGCACUGUUGUGAUCAGAAGUUUGGGAUGUGUGUUCGGGGUUCUUUUUCUUCAUAAGAUGCAAACGUGUCACUGGAAAUGUGUCGCUGAUGUGUACGUGGAACUUAAAUUCAGGCGAGCGAGUAACACUAUGGA